AUGUCCUCGGAGGUGGCCGCGCGCCGCGACGCCAAGAAGCUGGUGCGCUCCCCGAGCGGCCUGCGCAUGGUGCCCGAGCAUCGCGCCUUCAGUAGCCCCUUCGGCCUGGAGGAGCCGCCGUGGGUACCAGACAAGGAGUGUCCGAGGUGCAUGCAGUGUGACACCAAGUUUGACUUCAUCACCAGAAAGCACCACUGCCGUCGGUGCGGGAAGUGCUUCUGCGACAGGUGCUGUGGCCAGAAGGUGCCGCUGCCGCGCAUGUACUUCGUGGACCCCGUGCGGCAGUGCGCCCAGUGUGCCAGCGUGUCGCAGAGGGAGGCCGAGUUCUACGACAAGCAGCUCAAAGCGCUUCUCAGUGGUGCUACCUUCCUUGUGACGUUCGGGAAGUCUGAGGUGUCCGAGACAAUGGUCUGCCGUCUUUCCAACAAUCAGAGGUUCCUGGUUCUGGAUGGAGACAGCCAUUAUGAGAUUGAAGUCACACGUAUUUCAGCCGUGCAGGUCCUGACGGAAGGAUACCCCCCUGGAGGAGGCAGCACUCGGGCUGCAGGUCUGCUCCUGCGGUACACCACCCCUGGGGCUCAGGGCACGACCCAGCUGAAGCUGAUGGCCGGGGAAGAUGGAAACGCCAGCAAGAGGCCGGCAACAGCGUGGCUGGUGGCCAUGCACAAGGCGGCCAAGCUCCUAUACGAAUCCCGGGACCAGUGA